AUGUACACCGAACUAAAAGCGCGACUAGUCGCACUUAAGGAAAAUAAAGAUGUCAAGGCUGCGCAGGAGCGUCGCGCCGCUGACCCGGGCGUAAUUUUGAACAAGCAGCAGCUGGCUGCCAUGGACCAGCUGAACGCCGUGAAGCUGCAGCUGACAACCAUUAAGAAGCUUAUGGACACGAAGCCUGACGUGCAGGCGGUCGACGGUCCACCGGCGAAGCGGGCCCGUGUCGCCCUUGAGGAUUUCAAAUGUGACUUCGGCGCCAGCGAGGGCAAAGCGAACAAGUCUCUCAGCGGACAGCGCGCGCAUAUCGAGAAAUGCUACAAUGCGAACAUCGAGGCCAUGGAGACUGCCAUCACCGACGGCAAGGCCGUGUUCCGGGGGGUCGCGAAGGAGCUGGUCGUUGCAUACAACCACGGCUGGGAGGUCGUGCAUGAGAUGCGUGGCAUGGCGUACGCGGAGACGGAGGAGGAGCGCAAGGCGCUGAAGCAGGCCGUGAAGGCGGUGGCGGGCAAGAAGCCCAAGCAGGCCAAACCCGCGAGCGUGCCGGCCGGCUCUGGCGCGGGGGCCGGGGUGAAGCAGGCAGCGGCGGCGGGUGUCUGUUUCAAGUGCAAUAAGCCUGGGCACUUCGCCAAAGAGUGCAAGGAGAAGUAACGGGGUGUAGUGUGGUGCGGGUGUGAGAGGUAAUUCGCAGCUCGUGGGCCCGGGAAGGUCAUGGUGGUUUGGAGCCGACGCGGGUG